AUGGCUGAAAGGAGACAAGCUGAUAUGCGCAAUAUUUACGGGAGAAAUCUAACGGGCUAUAAGCAUCGUCGAAUCGAUGAUACGGCGGAAAGACGUUUUGAUAUUUCUCGAUUGGACAACAUGGAGGUCUCGAGUGUUCCCUUGUUUAGUGAUAUGCCUUUUGCUGAGGCAAUGGAACAGCUUCUGUGUUCGCAAUCAAGUGCUUCUACUUCCGAUUCCUCAAAUGAAGAACUGGAUGAUAUAAAGAUUGUUGAAAUUGUGGGCGGAGAAGAAUGA